UUCCAGUUUGCCCUUUUCUCCGGCUUGUUUCUCUUAGGGUUUAUGGAGUUUCUCAUCUGCUGCCUUCAACUUCGUCAAUUCCUUUCUUGUAAAUCUACUUAAGCCAUGUCCGAAUCACAAGAGCAACAAGUUACAGAAUCUCGAGUAAUUUCUCCUGUUACUUUAGAAGCUGACACCGUCGAAAAAGUAACCGAAGAAUUAAAGCAAUUGGUAUUGUACACACCGUUCGAAAGUUUCGUAUAGAACACGUCGACUGAUACUAACCGGGUCUAUUCUUUAUCCUCCGUUUUUGUAUUGCCUGCUAGUUUUAUACAGUCAACAGAUGAUGUAUCCGCUACAGAAAGCUCAGAAGCUAACAGUAAUUAUGAUGCUUCAGAACCUGGUGAUAUGAUUUCUCUCAAAUCCGAGAACAUUGAUAACCCUACAACUGAAGUUUUGACUUCAGCUGAUGCUUGCUCUGCUGAUUUAAUCGUUUCGGCCGAGCAAUCAAUCUCAGAGGAGAAACAAGAGGCAAAAGAUGCUUCUACCAAGAACAAGGCUCUAUCAGCUAAAAAGAAGUACUACAAGAGAAAGUUCCCGAAAAAGAAUAAAUCAAAACCUUUGGGUUCAAAGUCACCAGUUGCUGAUACACAAGAUGAAAAUGCACCACUACAAGAAGAUAAGAAGAUUGAAAAUGUAGAGAAGAAUGAAAACCAAAAACCUCAGCAUUCUAAUACUAAGAAGAAGAGCUUCAUUAAUAAUAAUGCAACCAACAAAUUAUAUUAUCAAGACAGAAGAAUGUUGGGGAACUACAUGUACAGUCCAGAUGGAAUUCCAAUUGUUGUCCCGAGAAAUUUCAGCGGACCUCAACUGCACAGAUACAAUCAAAUAGGUAAGCCUUAUGGAAAUAAGCAAUUUGUAGCUUUCAGUCCCAAGUUCGUUCCUGUACCAUAUGAUAUCCCAUUAUCGACAAGAUCGAAUUAUUCGUUCAAGAAUAACAGUAACAGAAAGAAUUACCCCAAUCAUGACUCUAGCAAUGUGAUCAAUGAUAACAUGAGUAAUUAUAAACAAAAGGUCAAAUAUCAUAAGCCUUGGAAAUAUUUAACUCCGGUUAAUGUAAAUGAUGUCUAUUACGGUCACAACCCUUUUCCAAAGAAUUAUAACGGUAAAAAACUCAAAGAUAAUAAGAAAGUAACUGCUGAUCAACCGAAAGUUGAAGAGACAGAUCAUCACAAUGAACCCGUCAGCAACGAGACAUCAGAACCUUUAACUCAUGUAAAUGAGCCAGCACAAGUUGCAGAGACAUCAUGCUAAAUUUAUAUUUUUG